UUAUCCUCCAUGGCCGUUUCCCCCACUCUGUACACCUUCUCUAUUAUCUUUUCUCUGUGAUUUCAGCGGCCAACACUGAUCUUGAUGGAAAGAAUGUAAUUGUUACAGGGUUAGAUGGUGAAUACUUGAGCUGUGGCAGGUCACUCUUAUGGUUUCCGUGGACUAGUGGUGAUGAAUACAUAAUUUCAGGGCAAUUCUUUCCUUAAGCAGUCCUGAUGAGUAAAGUUGGUUUUGUUUCUGAUAUCAACAAUGAACUUCAUAUCGAUUUUGCAAAAACAGAGGAUCACUAGUGCAAUUCAUCAAACAAUUGUUGUAUCUUUGUCCAAACAAACUAUUCAUUCAUGUCACAUUUUUUGUUCGAAAAUAUCCGAUGCAAAUUUUACUUCAGAGAAUUCAGAAUCAGGAAAGGAAGAAAGGUUGGUAGAUCAGGGAAUGGUGGCAACAAGGAACAACUUAAGUCAAAGAAUUGAAAGAGUACCCAUAGGAGAGACCAUUGGAUCCACUUUCCAAAGCUGGAUGGGUGAUGGUCUACCUAUUCAUAGAGGUGACAUUUUCCACACUAUGAAUCGUUUGCGCAAACUCAAACUCAACAAGCGUGCUCUUGAGGUGAUGGAAUGGGUUAUAAGGGAGAGACCAUACAGACCAAAGGAACUAGAUUACUCAUAUUUAGUAGAAUUCACUUCUAAGCUUCAUGGGAUAUCACAAGCUGAAAGCCUAUUCUCACGAAUUCCGUCUGAGUUCCAAAAUGAGUUGCUCUACAACAAUCUUAUACUCGGAUGCUUGGACAGAGGACUGAUAAGGCUUUCACUAGCAUAUAUGAAGAAAAUGAGAGAACUGGACCAUCCCAUAUCUUAUUUGGUGUUCAAUCAUCUCAUCAUUCUCCAUUCCUCCCCAAGCCGCAAGAAGUUCAUUCCUAAAAUCUUGACGCAGAUGAAAGCCGAUAAGGUUACUCCACAUGUUUCAACCUUCAAUAUUCUGCUCAAGAUAGAAGCAAACCAACACAAUAUUGAAGGCCUAUUGAAAGUUUUUGGUGAUAUGAAGAGAGCAAAAGUUGAACCGAAUGAGGUAUCUUACUGUAUAUUGGCCAAUGCACAUGCUGUGGCUAGAUUGUAUACAGUUUGUGAGACCUAUAUUGAAGCUAUUGAGAAAUCUGCAACUGGACAAAACUGGUCUACAUUGGACAUUCUGGUCAUACUCUAUGGAUAUCUGGGAAAGCGGAAUGAUUUAGAGAGGACAUGGGGUGUCAUUCUGGAGCUUUCCCAUGUUAGGUCUAAGAGUUAUGUCCUGGCGAUCGAAGCAUUUGGUAGGAUCGGAGAUCUCUGUCGAGCUGAAGAGCUGUGGUCUGCAAUCAAAUCAAGGAAUUCUUUGAAGUCAAAUGAGCAGUUCAAUUCGCUGAUAGCUGCAUAUUGUAGACAUGGACAUAUCACCAAAGCCACUGCAUUGUAUAAGGAGAUGGAGAAAAGUGGGUGCAAGCCAAAUGCCAUUACUUAUCGGCAUCUUGCUCUUGGUUGCUUGAGAGCGGGGUUAAUUAAGGAGGCCAUCAAAACUCUUCAAUUGGGGAUGGAUAUGGAAACAAGCAUAAAGGUGAAAAGAUCAACUCCAUGGUUGGAAACUACUCUUUCAAUAAUUGAAAUAUUUGCAGAUAAUGGUGAUGUAGAGAAUGCUGAAAAGUUGUUUGAAGAACUGAAGAAAGCGAAUUAUACUAGGUAUACCUUUGUGUACAAUGCGUUAAUCAAGGCAUAUGUUAAGGGGAAGGUAUAUGAUCCAAAUCUUCUUAAAAGAAUGAUUCUUGGAGGGGCUAGGCCAGAUUCUGAGUCCUAUAGCCUUUUGAAAGUUAUUGACCAAUAUCGAACGUGAUUAUAUUAGAAUUAUGUUGUGUGAUUUUGCACUCCUACUUCAAAUUACUCGUCUAAGAGUAGUCCUAUUCUGCGGCUCUGCCAAUUGCUGAAGAUAGCUAUACUUCAGUGUGCCCGUUCUGUUCGAGUCUUGGAGAGAUGAUGGCAGUUUGGCCAAUAUAAUGGGGAAAAGAAGAGAAGCAGAAUCAGGAAUUGAUGAACAAAGAUUAGAAAAAUCUGCAACAGAGUAUCAGAAAUUGAUGAACAAAGAGGAGUUUUGUGAAGAUUGCUGCUGAAUGGGACAAGGACGAGGCUGAGGAUGGACAAUUGUGAGCAGAUGCUAAGCACCAAAGACACUAAUGCUUGACCAAAAACCAGUUAUUUUAUCAGCUACUAGCCGAGCUUUUCCAGACCCACUUGUGGGAUUACACUGAGUAUAUUGUUGUUGUACUAUCCAAGCUCCCUCUUACACCAGAUCCUCUUUCUUGGAAUAAAUUUCACUUUUCUG